AUGGCUUUCAAUAAGAGAGGCCCCAAUAACUUUGCGCACUGGAAUAUGUUCCCCUUUAUGACGACACCGAAGACGAAGUACAUUCUCGGGCAAAAACAAUCACCGCUUUUCCGGCUCCCACGAGAGAUACGGGAUACUAUCUACGAUUAUUAUGCUCAGGGCCGACCACAGUAUGUGUAUGAUAAGAGAACGGGAAAGCUAGGUCACUUCGAUUCGUCAGCCCAGAAAGAAGGUCUCGGACUCAUGAUAACCUGCAAGAUUGCUGCAGACGAGAUGCAGCACGUCGCUUUCCAGAAUGUUGAGUUUAGCACGCUUUGCUCUGUGGACGAUGGCGCAGAAUUCCAGCAACUCCGGUCAAGAGCCGCUCGAUUUUGCCAGAGUAAGCGUCGAACGUCGAUGGAUGAGCUUGAAAUUAUACUGACGUACUUGCUAGUAUUUGAUAUGGUUCAAGUUCAAAGACAAUACAUGCUGAUCUGUGUCGCGGAACUGCUCGAGGCGUCAGAUCUUACUGAAAUAAGAGCUCGUUAUCCAGUCAUCGAAGACUGUCUUGAAGGACCUCUGAAGCAAGCAGUUACGCGAAAUAUCAAUAUACUAUCGCAAUAUAUGGAUAUGAGUUUGGACAAUCAUGAGUCUCAAGAGUUUGUAGAAGCUCUUGUGCUCGCGCUCGACAUGGCGAAGAAUCGAGAUUCAACCAAGUUUGCGCAGCUCACACGAGGAAUCUUUGGAAACAUUAUCUGCCCGGUGGGCAACCUUCGAGUGCAUCAAAUCCCCCCCGAAAGGCUGCGCAAUCUGGGUAAACUCGUCCUCCACGAAGACUUCAAGUCGAUGCCGCGCUCCGUAUGCCAUGUACGAGGUCUCAUUCCUCUGUGCCAGGCGAAUCCAAAGCUUCGGAUCGAAAGACACAUCGAUCUACUGGCCAACCUCCUGCCUUUGGGCCAUCCAGACAGCCACUAUGCCGGAUAUGACUCCAUUGCUGGAUCUGAUGUUUUAGAUGCUAUUAUUCCAUGGCUAACGGAGGUCUACCUACUUCAUACCCAUGGGAUGCCAGCAGGCUCUUUUCGGCUCGUCAUCGAUGGUCACUCGCGCGAAUCUCUCGAGGCUUGGAACAUUCUCAAAUAUGCGGCAGCCAUGCAAGAAGCCAUGCUGGAACAAUGCCGAGUCAAGAAUACGUGUCCAACGUCCAGAUUGUUCGACCGUCGCUUUCUAUGCCGCAUUGGCUUGCCAUGGCAUCUACCGGAUGGGUUUUCUGACACUAUUCGCGCGGUGAUUGACGGUACAAUCAACAUCACCUUCACUGGAGACGUGGGUGAGAUGUGGGAUCAGGACACUUUCUUCUUUGAGAGACGAGACUGGACAGUAAACGAAUGGGAAGAAGAGUGGAAAGAUGAGGUUUGGAUCAAAGAGAUUUCAACCGAUUAUUGGAAGCGGAUCAAUGCUCGAUAUCAAAUAGACCCUCAAGGUUUCGGCCAUAUCUAUCGGACAGUCUACAAGGACUGCGAGAGCAGCUCGAUCGUCGCAUCACCCACGUCUCCUACACCCACUGCAGUCGCUCUUUCCUCCUCGAACCUCCACUCAAUGACCGCACCCACGCACCUCGAUCCCAGCGAACUGGGCACGAAAUCCUACUGGGACGCCGCCUACGACACCGAACGCCAGAACUUUGCCGCAAACGCCGACGACGAAGGAACAAUAUGGUUCAGCGACGCGGGUGCCGAGGAGCGCAUGUUGUCUUUCCUUGAAGACUUCAGCGACGAGGGCCACAUAUACAAGGAGGACGAUGGGGACGACCAGAACGCGGCGCGGUUCCUAGACCUGGGAACAGGCAAUGGGCAUUUGCUGUUUGCGCUGCGCGAGGACGAGUGGAACGGCGAGAUGGUCGGUGUCGAUUACUCUGCGCAGAGUGUCACGCUUGCCACGUCGAUUCGCGAUGCGAAGGAUGAAUCUUACAAGGACAUCGCGUUCCAUGAGUGGGAUAUUCUGUCGCAAGCACCGGGCACGUGGCUAGGUGCUGGCUUCGAUGUCGUACUGGAUAAGGGCACAUUUGACGCCAUCUGCUUAUCACAAGAAGAGGAUGCGCAAGGUCGCAGGAUAUGCGAAGGAUACAGGGAGAAGGUCGAGCCUCUCAUGAAGAAAGGCGGCAGGUUCCUCAUCACAAGCUGCAAUUGGACAGAAGAAGAGCUCAAGGGCUGGUUUGGAGGCGGAGAGCUGGAGUUUGAGGGCAAGGUCAAAUAUCCCAGCUUCACGUUUGGAGGCAAGACGGGCAGCAGUGUGGUUACACUGUGCUUCAAGAGGGUGUGA